AUGAUUCUUUUGCACCUUUAUAUCUAUGAUGCAUUUCCUGAUAUUUUUCUCAUGAACUUAAUUCACUGCAGCAAUUAUAAAUCCCCAACACAGCAAACUACUUUUCAAAAUGGCAAAAAUUGGCAUUUCAAGUGAAACCAAGGUAGAAGUCUUCAGUUCACAAUAUCUGCAAUAAAUUCGAGUUGGAUCUUGCAUCUUACUCAUAACUUCAUAAUCUAG